AUGACUUUCAACCUUUUCAAUGUAAACGUUUCACAUCAGGGCAGCUACAGCUGUCAAUACUCCUACCAAAACAACAUGUCACCUUUGAGUAACACUGUUAUCAUCACUGUGGUGAACUUGCAGCAGCCCAGCAUUUCUCACAGUGCUCCUAUUGAACAGUUUGUCGAGGGGUCUCAGGGGCCAGUGAUCACCAGAGGCCACAGUUUUACAAUCACCUGUUCCACUGAAUCUCAGUAUUUUAGAGGCUCUUUUCACCUGUUAAGAGGAUCAAACAUCACUAAGAGUGAGUCAGCUGUCAGUCACUCUGCCUCCUUCUCCUUUCCUGAGGCAGAUUAUUCACAUGAGGGAAACUACAGUUGUGUUUAUGAAGUCAGUGUCUCCUCAUGCUCCAUCCGUUCAUCUGCCUCUGAACUACUGCUCAUCACUAUUACAGUGAACUUGCAGCAGCCCAACAUUUCCCACAGUGCUCCUGAUGGACGGUUUGAUGAGGGGCCUCAGGGGCCAGUGAUCACCAGGGGUCACAGUUUUACUAUCAUCUGUUCCACUGAAUCUCAGUAUUUUGGAGGCAAUUUUCACCUGCUCAGAGGGUCAAACAUCACCAGGAGUGAGUCAGCUGUCAAUCACUCUGCCUCCUUCUCCUUUCCUGAGGCAGAUUAUUCACAUGAGGGAAACUACAGUUGUAUUUAUGAAGUCAGUGUCUCCUCACGCUCCUUCCGUUCAUCUGCCUCUGAACUGCUGCUCAUCACUAUCACAGCCUCCAUGCGUCCUGUCAUUGGUGCUGCAGUGUCAGCUGUGCUGCUCUUAUUGUCUGUCCUCAUAAUCAUCCUCCUGCUGAAGAGAAGACAAAAGCAAAGGAACAAGGAAACUCAUUCAAAGUGUUUUUUUACAAAAGGUCAAACUGCAUCACAUAGUAGCAAAAAUGAAGAUGAUGACGAGGCUGAUUAUGAAAAGGUGGAACAUGGUGAAAACAUGAAUCACAAUGAUUCUGAAUAG